CUCCUCCGCCUCGUCCGAUUCCUUCUCGGUAGAGAAGAGAGACGGGAGAGCCAAGUGUCUUCUCGAGGAAGUUGAUAGAGGAAGGGAGGAUGUCGUGGCAAACUUAUGUCGACGACCACCUGAUGUGCGAGAUUGACGGCCAGCGUCUCACCGCCGCCGCCAUCCUCGGCCAUGACGGUAGCGUCUGGGCCGUGAGCGCUUCCUUCCCCCAGUUCAAACCGGAGGAGAUCGCUGCAAUCAUGACCGACUUUGUUGAUCCUGGAUCUCUUGCACCAACUGGAUUAUUUCUUGGUGGAACAAAGUACAUGGUCAUCCAAGGUGAACCGGGUGUUGUGAUUCGAGGGAAGAAGGGCAGUGGUGGGAUUACAGUCAAGAAAACGAAUCUGGCAUUGAUUAUUGGUGUAUAUGAUGAGCCCAUGACUGGUGGACAGUGCAACAUGGUUGUCGAGAGGCUUGGUGAUUAUCUUUGGGAUCAGGGGUUUUGAAUUUGGUAUUGGUGCUUUUAAACUUGUAUAUUUAUUUUGUUGGCAUUACCAGUAACUCGUGGAAUGGGGCUUGCAACCUCGAGUGCAAAUGAGUAAUUAAUCUGCUUGAUGUCAUGUUGGAAAUGUAUUGCAAGUGUUGUCGGUCUUUGUUUGUCAGCAUGAAGACUUUUUUUUUUUUUUUUUUUUCUAUUUAAUUAGUCUUGGACAAGGAGGGUUCCUGGAGGGGAGGAGAGUUGAUGUAAAUUUGACACGUAUGCGCAUGGUGGUCUGUCUUCCUUCCUGUCUGAAAUUCUUGCAACAAUAUAUAUUUACCUGACUAGAAAAGUAGUUGUUUCAGGUUU